CUUCAAACUAACAUGUAAUCAUGUCAUUCUCUACCUCAGUCGUUCAGCAUGGCGUCCAUGCCCUACAAAGAUAUUACCUCUUCGCCCCCCUUCACAUUUGUCGUCGGUCCAGAUGAAAAAGAACAUACGAUCCAUUCUGCCCUUGUCGCACACCAGUCCGAAGCUUUGAAUGCGCUCAUCAAUGGAGGGAUGAAGGAGUCCAUAGAACGGCGCGUUAUUUGGAAAGAGAUAAGCGAUGAAGUCUUCAUUGGCUUUAGCCAAUACGUAUACACUGGAGACUACGACGAAACGAAGCCUAGCAAACGUGCUCCCAUUCAAGCUGCACCCAUUAGAAACUUCGGCUCGUCUUCCAGAAAGGGUGUGAAAUCAGGAAUGUCUGAAAGUAUCGGUGUGACUAAAAAACAGAUGUUAUGGAACAGAUUCCAAGCCCUCUACCCAUUACCGUCGCAGGCGCCUGCUCCCAGUUUGGGGUCGUCUGCUGGAUACGACUAUACUGAUGUAUUUCUCAGCCACGCGCGGAUGUACGUAUUUGCGGAUUAUUACGGAAUUGGUCGUUUGCAAUUCUUGGCGCUCAAUAAAUUACGUCGAGCAUUGACAUCGUUCAACCUCCAGGCGGAGAGCUAUGGCGAUAUAAUUCAGCUUGUACGGUAUUCUUUUGAACAGACUGUUGAAAACUGGGUCCAGGAUGAUGAAUUGAGAUCGCUCAUCUGUCUAUACGCUGCAUGUAAAGUGGAAGAUUUAUGGAAGGAUACAGAGUUUAAAGACAUUAUGAAAACGUUGCCUGAUUUCUCUACAGGGCUCAUUACGGCAAUGCUGUAUCGGCUGGAUUAGAAGUCUAUUCGCAUAGAUUCAAAGAUUGACAAGGUAAUGGGGAGAAAUGAUAGUGAAACAGUCAUAGUGAGAGCAAACAAUAUAUAGCAAGCCGCAAAGUUAUUGACAGUAGCGUUAGCGUGGCAUUUCCAAUAGUAUAACAUCUC